AUGGCAACCUCUGUAUCGGACUGCUGCCUCAAAGGCUUCCAGUGGAACGGCACGCCCAGCGGCCGCACCACCAAGCUAGCAGACCUCGACACCUACACCACCGGCACCAACCCGCGCGCCGCCAUCCUCCUCGUGCACGACCUCUUCGGCUGGACGUUCCCCAACAUCCGCCUGCUGGCCGACCACUACGCCGCCGAGGCCGACGCUACGGUCUACGUGCCCGACUUCUUCGGCGGGGAAGUCCUGCCCGCGGCCGCGGUCGCAGGCGGGCCCGCGACCUGGGGCGGCCUCGACAUCCCUGGCUUCGUCUCGCGCAACUCGCGCGCGAUCCGGGAGCCGGAGGUCUUUGCCGCCGCGCGGGCCCUGAGGGAGAAGGGGUACGAGAGAGUCGCGGCUGUGGGCUUCUGUUUCGGCGGGUGGGCCGUGUUCCGUCUCGGCGCGAAAGAACACGAGCCCGAGCCGCUUGUGGACUGCAUCACGGCCGGCCACCCGAGCUGGUUGACGGAGGAGGACGUCGAUGGGGUCGAUGUGCCGACGCAGAUCCUGGCGCCGGAGGAGGACCAUGCUUUCACGCCGGAGCUGAAGCGGUAUGCGUUUGAGAAGCUGGUGUUGGGGGGCGUGGCGGGGAGGGAGGUGGAGUAUGUGCAUUUUCCCGGGGUGGCGCAUGCUUGUUUUACGAGGGGGGACGAGAAGAGUGUGGGGGAGAGGGAGGCGAUGGAAAAGGGGAAGGAUAAGGCUGUUCAGUGGAUGAAGAGCCAUUUGCAUGGCAAGGCUAGUGCUUGA